AUGCCGGUUUUGCUUAAGGGAUCAUGUCACUGCGGUCUUGUCCGCUUUACGAUGGAGUCGAAAACGCCGGUUCCGUACCAACUGUGCGCUUGCUCCAUCUGCCGUAAGGUCGGUGGAGUCGGUGGCUCAAUCAACCUCGGUGCGGACAACUCUGGGCUCAAAAUCAUCCAGGGCAAGGAGCACAUCAAGGUUUACCAGGCGGUUUUGGAUCGUGACACGCCAGAUCAGAAGCAUGCCAGUUCGGAGCGUAGCUUCUGUGGAAAUUGUUCUUCCAUGCUCUGGCUCUGGGAUCAUCGCUGGCCCGAACUGAUCCACCCCUUCGCCUCGGCCAUCGAUGAACCUGAGCUCAAACUGCCAGAAGAGAUGUACUGCAUCAUGCAGUCCUCUAAACCUUCCUAUGUCCGCUGGCCGGAAGGGAAGAAGCAGGUCUUUGACACAUAUGGAGAGGAGUCUAUCGAAGAUUGGCACAAGAAGAACGGUGAGUUCGUUGAGUGAGGUAUCCGU